GCAACUUCCCAACUUCGAACUGUACACUACACUGUAAUCUGCAUCGCCCAUCGCAGCUUCCACCUUCAGCAACCACUUCACACGAUAAUAGCGAUGGCUUCUUCCGUUCUAGGAAAGAGAUCUCGCUCUACUCCGACUUCCAAAGAUGCUGGUCUUCAAGAUACUGGUCGCCUGACACGGUCGAAGCGUGCUAAACAAUUUGUUAUCCAGGACAAUGACGAGAACGAAAACCCUUUCGUCAAGUCCAAUGACCAAGGUCACCAGGAGCCCGAUGAGAAGUGGAAGCUCAGGACUCGGAAGAGAUCGAGAGGCGAGGAAACCGUUCCUAGCAAACAUGGUGCUCCGGAAACAAGAAUAUCCAUCAACUCCCCGGCAAAGGACGGAAAUGUCAGCCCUCGCAAAGCCGACUCCGUUCUUGAUCCUCAAUCCACUUUCGCUACCCCGACAACAAACCGACAUAAGGACGCAUUUGCGACCGAUCCCAUCACACCUCGACACCGCGUCACCGUUGUUGGAAAGCCACUGACACCAAGAACACAUGGCACUCCUACGACUCCGCGGACAACCGCUCCGAACAUUUAUAACAAGGCCCGGCUAUUAUUUGCGCGAAGCAUACAGCCCGGAAGACUCGUGGGACGUGACCACGAACGCCAGGAGUUGCAAGAUUUCAUCGCGUCGCAUACCUCGGAGAAAAUGCCGGGCAGCUUGUACAUCUCGGGACCGCCUGGAACCGGAAAAAGCGCUCUUGUCACCGAAGUGUUUCAAGAUUUACAUCUCGACGAAUCCAUCAAGUCUGCAACCAUCAACUGCGUGGGAGCGAAAACUUCAAAAGAUAUUAUCGGUCGCAUCUUCGAAAAGUUUGAGAUCAAUCCAGAUGUUCUCACUGGCUCGGAGCUUCAAGAGACGAAGAAGCUUUUCCACAAGCGGAAAACUGUCCACUUGGUGGUACUCGAUGAGAUCGAUCACCUUGUCGAUGUGGACCAGGAUUUCGUGCACACCCUCUUCGAGUGGUCUCUCCAGAAGACCUCAAACUUGAUCCUCAUAGGAAUUGCAAAUGCUCUGGACUUCACUGAUCGAUUCCUCCCGAGGCUCAAGUCCCGUGCUCUGAAACCUCAACUGCUUCCCUUCAUGCCCUAUUCCGAGAAGCAACUCAGCGCUAUCCUCACAGCAAAGUUGAAGACUCUGAUGCCGGAUGGAGGAAAUAGUUCCCAUGUCCCGCUCAUCCACCCGACGGCCAUCAUGUUCCUCGCGAAAAAGGUUGCAUCACAAACCGGAGAUUUGCGCCGAGCUUUCGAUCUAGCUCGACGUGCUGUGGAUCUAGUCGAAACAGAGACUCGAACAAAGAAAUUUGACCUGGCAUCAAGAGAAAUGUCUAUUGUGUCACCGGUCAAAUCACCGUCUCGUCUACCCCUCGUGGAUAACAUGAACUUGUCUUCCCCUUAUUCUCCUUCAAAAUCGGCCAGGAAGCCAGCAUAUUCUCAGCAAAAGUCCUCUCUCUCUGAUCUCACUGCCGAAUCAGCGCCCCGAGCGACCAUAGCCCAUAUUGCUCGUGUGACGGCUGCGGCUUUUAGCAAUGGCGCAUCUUCACGUCUGCGGUCACUCAAUCUGCAGCAGAAAGCGGUUCUGUGCUCAUUGGCAGCAAUCGACCGCAUGAAUAAGGAAGACUCGGUGGGACCAAAUGCAGCUGCACCAGCGAGCGUCGAAACCGUCAUAGGGACCCCUUCAAGACAUGGUCGUGCAGCUGUAACCAUGCCACGGGCUCCUCAUACACCGAGCAAACAUCGAAACGGGACGAAUGGAGGUGCCCCAACUGUCGCAUCCCUGUAUUCCACAUACAGCGCUCUUUGCCGGUCGUCGAACAUUCUUGCGCCCCUCUCGGCAACCGAGUUUGGCGAUGUCGUCUCUUCCCUGGACAUGCUUUCGCUCAUCUCCAUCACCGGGGGGAAAGGAUUUUUGACCCCGACCAGGACUACGAUUACUCCAAGCAGGACAGGCAGAGGCAAGGCAUUUGAAGGGCUUGGCAGCGCAAACGAUGAGCGAAGGGUUGUAUGUUGUGUGGGAUAUAAGGAGGUCGAAGGAUGCUGUGAUGGAGCUGGCCAAGCGGUGUUGAAGGGAAUCCUCCACGGGGAUAUGUUCUGAUGGCGCGGGAUGAUUACACGACAUGUUGAAGGUGCUUCGAACGCCAGUGUGGCAACAUGCUCUGAUUGAUUCAUAUGGUUACACAGCAUAUGGUUACACAGCAUAUUGCAUUUUUGACGUCCUUGUUUUCAUGAGCGCGUUUAAACAUUUAGCAUAAGGAGUUCCGGCUCC